GCAGUCAGCAAGUCCUUCGCUCCCCCAAUAGCAUUGUGUAGUGUUUGUUUAGUGUAGUAUACAUUUGGGCGCGGCAGCAGCGAAAAGCCAAGUCUUCGGAACCCGGAAAAAGCGACCAACAAAAUAUUUAAAAUAUAUUGCGUCCGUUUAUUUCAUACCAUCGAAGCAGACCACCAAGCAUCCUGGAAAAGAAAAGAAUCCUUGAAAAUCAAAAGCAAUACAUUUAAGCCAAGCGUGUCUGUGUGUGUGUGUGUGUUUGUGUGAGCGAUCCUUUAGAGCUAAAGCUGCAUUGUGAUUUCAUUUUACCUGCAAAACUGCAAAAACACAAACAUUCUGUUUUACUAUACAAACCAAAAAAAAAACAAAACGAAGAUUAGAAUUAUAAUACCCUCUGCAAGGGUAUAAAAAAUCGAACCACACGACUUUGUGACCAAGAAACGCCAAAUUUUUCGAAAACGUUUUUGAAACUUUACAAGCAACUCUACAAACCCAAAACCAAUCUUAAACUACCGAAAAUGGGUCUCUGCGCCUCCAAGGACAAAAAGGAGAAGGUGAUCGAGGGCGAGGUGGCCAACGGCGAGCCCAACGGCACCGCCACGGCUGCUGCCGCUGGAGAAGAUGGCAAACAAGACACCAUGGUUGAUGCCGCUGUUCUCGCUAAACUGGAGGAGGGUUAUGCCAAGCUGGCUGCCUCCGACUCCAAGUCGCUGUUGAAGAAGUACCUGACCAAGGAGGUCUUCGACAACCUGAAGAACAAGGUGACCCCCACCUUCAAGUCGACCCUGCUGGAUGUGAUCCAGUCUGGCCUGGAGAACCACGAUUCCGGUGUGGGCAUCUACGCUCCUGAUGCCGAGGCCUACACAGUGUUCGCCGACCUGUUCGACCCCAUCAUCGAGGACUACCAUGGUGGCUUCAAGAAGACCGACAAGCACCCGGCCUCCAACUUCGGAGAUGUGUCCACCUUCGGCAACGUUGACCCCACCAACGAGUACGUGAUCUCCACUCGCGUGCGUUGCGGCCGCUCCAUGCAGGGAUACCCAUUCAACCCCUGCUUGACCGAGGCCCAGUACAAGGAGAUGGAGGGCAAGGUUAGCUCCACCCUCUCCGGACUGGAGGGCGAGCUGAAGGGCAAGUUCUACCCUCUGACCGGCAUGGAGAAGGCCGUCCAGCAGCAGCUGAUCGACGACCACUUCCUGUUCAAGGAGGGCGAUCGCUUCCUGCAGACCGCCAACGCUUGCCGCUACUGGCCCAGCGGUCGUGGCAUCUACCACAACGAUGCCAAGACCUUCCUGGUCUGGUGCAACGAGGAGGAUCACCUCCGCAUCAUCUCCAUGCAGCAGGGCGGUGACUUGGGCCAGAUCUACAAGCGUCUGGUGACCGCCGUCAACGAGAUCGAGAAGCGUGUGCCCUUCAGCCACGACGACCGUCUCGGCUUCCUGACCUUCUGCCCCACCAACUUGGGCACCACCAUCCGCGCCUCCGUGCACAUCAAGGUCCCCAAGCUGGCCUCCAACAAGGCCAAGCUGGAGGAGGUCGCCGCCAAGUACAACCUGCAGGUGCGCGGCACCCGCGGCGAGCACACCGAGGCUGAGGGCGGUGUCUACGACAUCUCCAACAAGCGUCGCAUGGGUCUCACCGAAUUCGAUGCCGUCAAGGAGAUGUACGAUGGCAUCACCGAGCUGAUCAAGCUCGAGAAGAGCCUGUAAAUUGUUUGCACACCGCCGAGCAUCGUCCCCCCGGCGAGCUAUGAUCUUGCACCUGGAACCACCACCUCUCCAACAGUAGUCAGCAGCCGGGGAACACGCAACAAUCAACAAACAAAAACAAAACACUAAUAACAUCUACGAUCAGCAGCAGGAGAACAGCAGCACCCACACUUUAAAAUCGUUGGCUCUAGUUUGCGGCGAUGGUGCGGAUGGGAAGCGACUGUCCCCGCCCGGCGACUUUCGGCAUUUUCGUAUACUUUGAGAGUUGCGGGAACCGGCAGUGGUCUCGUUCGCCACCUAUUGCACCCACCACCAAGCAGCAGCAGCUAUACAAUGGAUAACUAUUUGACAAAAAAAACAUUUGCUUAAUUACAACAACCAAACAAUGUAAAACAUUUUGACAUCUGGGUCAAGAAAAACAAAAAAAGAACUUUAAAUACUUUUAUUUU